ACAACACUACUGUAUAGCCAAAAGUUUAUAAUAGGUUUCAAAAAUUGUUUUAUAAAGGGGUGUAUUUUGCAUGCUAUCGUGUAGUUUGUAUUUUUAUUUAUUCGUUUUUGCACGCUAAUAUUGCACUGCACUUAAUUUGAAUAAAAUACGAGGCGCAUAAACUUUGACCCGUCACGUGACAGAAAACAAAGUUUGACCAAAAAUAAGUCAAACAUGAAGUUUUUAAAUCUUUUUGGACGCUUAAAAUCCAUUGUCAUCGGCAUGGUUCACGUAAAGGCUCUACCAGGUACUCCGCUGAACAAUCUUGCAGUUGCUGAAAUAACAGAAGCAGCAUGUCGUGAAGCAGAGCUGUACAGCGAUGCAGGCAUUGAUGGACUCAUUAUUGAAAACAUGCAUGAUCUUCCCUAUACAACAACUGCUGGACCAGAGGUCUAUGCUACUAUGACAGCAGUCUGUACUGCAGUGAGGCAGACAUGUCCAACCCUUCCCAUUGGAGCCCAGAUCCUAACUGCAGCUAACCGGGAAGCUUUAGCAGUAGCUCUGGCAUCAGGCCUUGAUUUCAUACGCGCAGAAGGAUUUGUCUUCUCACAUGUAGCAGAUGAAGGACUUUUAAACGCAUGUGCUGGUGACCUGUUAAGGUACCGCAAACAAAUAGGAGCUGAGCACAUCCAAAUUUUCACUGAUAUAAAGAAAAAACACAGCUCUCAUGCCCUGACGUCUGAUGUCAGUGUGGCUGAAACGGCCAAAGCUGCUGAGUUCUUCCUCUCUGAUGGCGUCAUCCUGACUGGAACAGCCACAGGUAUACAAGCCGACCCUGAAGACCUCAGAGAGGUCGGACAAGCAGUAAGAAUCCCAGUUCUGAUUGGCUCUGGGGUGACCCAUGAGAAUGUGGAGCACUACCUUGAAGCAAGUGCAAUGAUCAUUGGCUCAUACUUUAAGAAAGGAGGAUUUUGGGCCAACAGUGUCGAUCCAGAAAGGGUCAGGAAAUUCAUGGGAAAGAUGAACAAACUCAGAGUAUGAAUAAUUGAAAAAAAUUGAUGUUUGAAAGGACACAGUGUUGGCACAGAAAUACAGAGUAUUUGACUAAAGUGUUUAAUAAUAAAUCACUCACUUGGUCUGAA